CCGCCACCUCCUCAGCUCGGGGCAGAGCAGUGAUGGCGGCCGCCGACGGGGUCGGGGAGGCCGCGCAAGGCGGGGAGACUGGUCAGCCGGAGCCGCCGCCGCCGCCCCAGCCGCAUCCUCCUCCGCCGCCUCCCCAGCCGCCGCAGGAAGAGGCGGCGGCGGCGUCCCCUAUGGACGACGGGUUCCUGAGCCUGGACUCGCCCACCUAUGUCCUGUACAGGGACAGAGCAGAAUGGGCUGAUAUAGAUCCAGUGCCACAGAAUGAUGGCCCCAAUCCAGUGGUCCAGAUCAUUUAUAGUGAGAAAUUUCAGGACGUCUAUGAUUAUUUCCGGGCUGUCCUGCAGCGCGACGAGAGAAGUGAGCGGGCUUUUAAAUUAACCAGAGAUGCUAUUGAGUUAAAUGCAGCCAAUUACACAGUGUGGCAUUUCCGGAGAGUUCUCUUAAAGUCCCUUCAGAAGGAUCUACAUGAGGAAAUGAACUACAUCUCGGCAAUAAUUGAGGAGCAGCCCAAAAACUAUCAAGUUUGGCAUCAUAGGCGAGUGCUGGUGGAAUGGCUGAGAGACCCAUCACAGGAACUUGAGUUUAUUGCGGAUAUUCUUACUCAGGAUGCAAAGAAUUACCAUGCCUGGCAACACCGACAGUGGGUUAUUCAGGAAUUUAAACUUUGGGAUAAUGAGCUACAGUAUGUAGACCAACUUCUCAAAGAGGAUGUGAGAAAUAACUCUGUCUGGAACCAAAGAUACUUUGUAAUUUCUAACACUACGGGCUACAAUGAUCGUGCUAUAUUGGAGAGAGAAGUCCAGUACACUCUGGAAAUGAUCAAGCUAGUCCCACAUAAUGAAAGUGCAUGGAAUUAUUUGAAAGGGAUUUUGCAGGAUCGUGGUCUUUCCAAAUAUCCCAAUCUGUUAAAUCAAUUACUUGACUUACAGCCAAGUCACAGCUCUCCCUACCUAAUUGCCUUUCUCGUGGAUAUCUAUGAAGACAUGCUAGAAAACCAAUGUGACAACAAGGAGGACAUUCUUAAUAAAGCAUUAGAGUUAUGUGAAAUCCUAGCUAAAGAAAAGGACACUAUAAGAAAGGAAUAUUGGAGAUAUAUUGGAAGAUCCCUUCAAAGCAAACACAGCACAGAAAGUGACCCACCUACAAACGUACAGCAAUAAUACCAUCUCGACGAACUUGAUGGGAUGCUUUUAUUUUUUUAAGAGACUCUAAUGAAGGAGUUAAAAACUAGAGCGAUCAUUCUCUUUGCCUGUGGUGUAAAACGUACAAUGCACAGGUACUGCUUUUUAACAUGAACUAAGUGUGAUGCUCCUUGGGUGCUGCUGCUAUUCAGACUAGUUCCAAGUAACUUGAUUUUUUUUUAAGCAGAGAAUUUGGGGGCGGGAGAGGAAACAGAAAGUCCAUAAAGGAACUUUUGUAGUCUUAUCAACAUUUACUCUAACCCCUUAGCAUCAACUUCUCCCUAAAUGGUUUGUGUGUCAGGAUUGGCGGCGUUAAUGUUUGCAGGUAUGUAAAGGAUAUAAAGAACUUACCUUCCGGUUCAGAAAGCAGGGGAUGCAGUUGUUAGGUCAGAGCUGCUCCGCCACACUCACAGCAUCGUGCUCUCACUGUAACCAACUAAUGCCAAAAGAAUGGUUUUGUAAUAAAAUUACAGAUGUAUCCCAAAACAA